GGGCAGAUGUUUUUAAUCGUCUCUAGAACUACAGAGUAAUUCAUAACUGUCAUUUGCGCGUAAGGGCGAGUUUUGUGGUCAGGGAAAUAGCCUUUGUUGUUCAAGAAUGUUAAACUAUCAGAGUAUAAAUACAGAGAUCUAAACUCACUUGCCACACACAGUAUUCAGAAUAUCAAGGAUAUUUCUUCUCCUGCUUGGAACCUCGAAGCGCUCAGAUUUGCUCAGCUGUUUCAAUAAAAUUAAGUUAGUUACAAAAGCCUAAUUCUACAAUUAUUCAUUAUUUCUGAUUUUCAACAUGUGGUGGAUGCUCUUUCCUCGUUGGAUCUGGUUCGUGGCGGGACAGUUUUUGUUUCUAUUUUUGGACAGACAAUGCGUAAAAGGCAUGACUUUGCAAAGAGCUGCGUAUUCCCACGCAGGGAUUUGUCCAAACGACAUAAACCCAAAUUUGUGGGUUGAUGCAAUGAGCACCUGCACGCGAGAAUGUGAAUCUGAUCAGGACUGUGACACAUCUGAAAAAUGCUGUGCCAAUGUUUGUGGUAAUCGAAGCUGUGUGGCGGCCCGUUACAUAGAUGCUACAGGAAAGAAAGGGCCAAUGGGUAUGCCUAAGGAAGCGACCUGCGACAAGUUCAUGUGCACUCAGCAGGGCUCACAGUGUGAUAUUUGGGACGGACAGCCCGUGUGCAAGUGUCGUGACCGCUGUGAGAGAGAACCCCAGUUCACCUGUGCCUCAGAUGGCAUGACUUACUACAACAAGUGCUACAUGGAUGCCGAAGCCUGCUCCAAGGGCAUCUCCUUGUCCAUGGUAACAUGCCGGUUUCAUCUCACCCUGCCCAAAACUAGCCCUCUGCCCGCAGGCACCACCGCAUUCCCCACGACAGCCAUGCAGCACACCACGCCAUUAGAUGUGCAUGCUCCUCUCAUGGUGGGAAGUCCAAAUCAACAGUCUGUGUUUGUUGGCGAGACGGCUAGUUUUCUUUGUGAAGUCGCUGGCCGACCAAAGCCUGAGAUAUCCUGGGAGAAGCACCUGGAGGGGCAAGGCAAGGUGGUCAUUAAACCCAACCACGUACAUGGAAAUGUGGUCGUCACCAACAUUGGCCAGCUGGUUAUUUACAACGCCCAGUCGCAAGACGCAGGUAUCUAUACUUGCACGGCCACAAACCCGGGUGGCUCAGUCCAAGCUCACUUUCCACUUUCUGUGGUCCAGAGAGACCCGGUUAUAAACGAUGAGCUGAACAACUCCACAUCUUUCCCGGCUGAUGAGUGCUUUAAGGUGCCCGAUAGCGAUGACUGCGGAGAUGAAAGGCUGAGUUGGUUUUAUGACCCCCAAAGGAACAACUGCAACACUUUCACAUACGGCAACUGCAACAAAAACCAAAAUCACUUUGAGACAUACGAAGCAUGCAUGUCCUCAUGCCGCAAAGAACUCGCUGCCCCGUGUAACCUUUCCAGCUAUCAGGGGCCUUGCAAAGCAUAUGAACCACGUUGGGCCUACAGCGGCUUCCAGAGACAGUGCCAGCCCUUCAUUUACGGUGGUUGUAAAGGCAAUGAGAACAACUUCAAGACCAAAGAAGCAUGCGAAGAGGCCUGUCCCUUUCCAAAGAUCCACCAGUGCAAGCCAUGCAAGCCACGGCACAAGAUGGUGACCAGCUUCUGUAAAAGUGAUUUUGUGAUUCUAGGCCGCGUGAUGGAGCUGACGAAGGAAGAGGACUCCGGUCGUGCUCUGAUCACCGUGGAGGAGAUCCUGAAGGAUGAGAAAAUGGGGCUAAAGUUCUUUGGGAAGGAGCCCUUGGAAGUGACAUUGGAGAACAUGGACUGGGCCUGUCCGUGUCCUAACAUCACCACUGCAGAUGGUCAGAUCAUCAUCAUGGGUGAAGCGAAUAACGGCAUGGCUGUCUUGCAGCCUGACAGCUUCAUCACUCUUUCCAGCGUCAAGCGUGUCCGUAAGCUCCGUGAGGUUAUCAAUAAAAAAACCUGUGACAUUUUGAAAGAGUUUAUUCAAUAGGAAAUCACACAUUUCCUUAAAAUGUGAUAUACUUUUCAUGAAAAGAAAUAUAUAAUAAUGAGUGAAAAUUUUGUUUAAAGUGAUAUUUUUAAUAUCUUUCAUAUGCAUUUCUAGUCCAGGUAAAACUGAGACGCUUCGAAUGUAAGACUGAGGAAAUGUUUCCGCAGCUCAAACAGUAAUGUUCACUGAUCAAGCAACAUCAACGCUGGAUAUUUUAUGUGUUGCCUUUACAGUAUCCCACCAUGUUAAAAGGACCAUAUUUGUAGACAUAGGAUGCAUUAAUCAAACCCAUCUGUUAGCCCAAACAUGCCAGCGGACUUCAAAAGGAAGUCCAUGACUGCCUUGUAAAUGUAUUUUUUUACUGGUAAUAUUUUUUUGGCACAUUUUUGUAAUGCUGUCUUAUCUUUUGAUUUUGCUAAAUUAACUAGCACCUAUUUUCUCUGCUUAGAAGAACUAUUUUAAAAGAUUGUUGACAAGUGUAUAAUGUAUUUUAGUUACAGUAGAUCCACUGUAAAAUGCACUUAGGUAAGUUGUCUACAAUUGAUGUCGAUUGCAGCAGGAAAAAAUGACUUUGCUCUCUUGUUUUAGCCUUACAGUACUUGUGUAGAGUGACUUGAGUGUAUAUGAUUUAGUACAGACAUCUUUAUUUAUUUGGUUAUUCUUUUAAUUUUAAUUCUCUAUUUUUAUUAUUGUUUUUAUUUGAAUAUUCAAUGUGACGGACCAAAAGGCUGACUGGCAUUUCUUAUAAGCACUUACAUAUUUUUUUAUUCUUUUUUUUAGUAAUCUUUGUGGUUCAGUGUCUGUAAUACUGUCAUUUGUAUUGUGGAAUAAUGAAAAUAAAGAUUUGAAUAAUGA